UUCCUGUGCGACCGCCUUCUCUCUCUCUUCCCUCUCUCGCUCUCUCUCUCUCUCUCAGUUUCAGACACGAAGCCAUGAAACAGAGAACAUCAAAACAAGGUUUUGGUGGUGUGGUUUAGUGUCACUGUCCUAAAACAACAACGACCGACUUUAAAAAAAAAAACACCGUCCUGUAGUAUCUUCUUCUCCGUGCAUUCCUCCUUAUCUAUAUAUAACACAAGGAACCAAGGGAAGAACAAGGGAGAGAAAAUAUCUUCAGAUUUGUGGCCGUGAAACCAAAAGCCAUGAAUAAACAAGAUGUCAUGAAGCUUCAGACUUGUGUACUGAAGGUGAACGUGCACUGUGAUGGGUGUAAACAUAAAAUAAAGAAGCUGUUGCAGAAAAUCGAAGGUGUGUACUCAGUGAAAGCAGAUGUGGAGCAGGGGAAAGUGACGGUGAUGGGGAACGUUGACCCCGCGGUUCUGAUAAAGAAGCUCAGUAAGUCCGGGAAGCAUGCCGAGCUUUGCGGCGGAGGAAAAGGUUUACCAAAUCUGAAUGCUCAGUUAAAUAAUCUUAAUUUGGGUGGCAAAAUGGUAAACACGAGCAAGGGAAAGGGUGGAAAAGACAAUCACCAGGGGAAGGGUAAUGGUGGUGGUGGUGGAGGUGGAGGUGGAGGUGGAGGUGGAGGUGGGCAUCCGAUGCAACAGCUGAAUCCUCAGCAGAUUCAGAUGAUGAUGAUGAUGAAGGGCGUUAAUGGGCAAGGCCAUGGUCAUGGUGGGCCUGGUCAUGGUCAUGGAGGUGGCAAAGACAUGAAGAUGCCCAAGGAGCAGAAAUCUGUCAAGUUUGCUGACGAUGAUGAGUUCGACGACGAUGAUGAUUUCGACGACGACGAGUUCGACGACGAUGAUUUCGAUGAUGAAGAGGAUGAGGAUGAUGAUGUGGGUCAUGGUCAUGGCCAUGGCCAUGGUCAUGGUCAUAACUUGCCCAAGCAAAUGAUGAUGCCUAACAAGAUGGCCCCUAUGGGCCAUGGUCCUAAAGGCCCCAGUGACAUGAUGAUGAUGGUGAACGAGUUCAACAAGGGCGGCAAGAAAGCCGGAGGAGACGGCGGCGGAAAGAAGAAGGGCGGAGGUGGCGAUGGCGCUUUUGAUAUUCCGGUGCAGAUGAAGGGCAAAAAUGGGAAAGAAGGUAAAAAGGGAGGGGAGAAGGGUAUGAAGGAAGGGAAAUUUUUGAAGAAGGGCAAAAGUGGAAAGGGCAGUGAAAACAAGGGAGGGGAAACCAAGGAAGGCGGUGGGGGUAAUAAGGUAAAAUCAAGCGGUGGAGUCGGUGGAGGUCAUCAUUUCGAUAAUGGGCCUAAAAAAGGUGGGCCCAAAAGCUCUCAUAACGGUGGAGCCCACAAUGUCAACGACCUCAUGAAGCAAGUCAAAGGAGGCAACAAAGGUAAUCACAACGACAACAAAGCCUUUGGAGGCCCAAUGGGCCAACACCCAAUGGCCCCGAUGGGAAAUUUUCCGGCGGCUCAUGGCUUGCCGGUGAACGGCGGCGGCGGAGGAGGUGGAGGCGGGUUCUAUCCGCCGGCGAUGAACCAGCAACAGUACAUGCAGAUGAUGAUGAUGAAUCAACAAGCUGCUGCCGCUGCAGCGGCGGCGGCUGCUCACAGUGGAUACGGUGGUCAGAGCCACUAUGGCGGCGGAGGCGGAGGAGACAUGUACCAUCCGAUGAUGUAUGCUCGGCCGUACCCAGCCGUGAACUACGCGCAUCCGCCGCCGAUGCCGCAGCCGCAUCCCGACUCCUACACUCACUUCUUCAGUGACGAGAACACUGGUAGCUGUAGUAUUAUGUAAAAUAUAUCGGUGUAUUUUAUAUUCUUAGAAUCUUAUGUUGUUUUAUUGCUCUGUUCCUCUUUUUUUUUUGUUGGGCAGUUGAAAAUUGUGCUUUUUUGCUGGUUGUUAUAAAAUGCCUCAUUUUGAUUAAAAAAAAUUGUGGGUGAUUA